AGAGACUUGGAAAGGGGGCAGGGCAGGGUGGAGGGACAUCAGUUGAGAUAAAGGUAUAAAUGUAGAGAAUCGCAGAGUGCACAUGUCCAGUCUGGUGAAUGAAGACUUGUCUCAGCAGCACGAUGAUUGGCCUGAUUGUACUCACACUCCUGGGGGUUGCAGCGGCAGCUCCUAUGGAUGACAGGAUCGUGGGGGGUUAUGAGUGUGAGGCUCACUCCCAGCCCUGGCAAGCCUCUCUUAACAUCGGCUACCACUUCUGUGGUGGCUCCCUCAUUAACGACCAGUGGAUCAUCUCUGCCGCCCACUGCUGGAUGAAUCCUUGGAGUCAGCUUGCCAUCCUGGGUGACCACCAUAUCUGGGAGCACGAGGGAACGGAGCAGUACAUGUCUGUGGACGCCAUCUACUGGCACCAGAGCUAUGACUACCAGACCAUGGACCACGACAUUAUGCUGUUGAAGCUGGCCCAUCCUGUCACUCUCAACAAGUUUGUCAAGCCCAUCGCCCUGCCCACAGCCUGCCCCAAGGCCGGGGACAUGUGUGUGGUGUCUGGAUGGGGAAACAUCUACACUGACUCUGUGUUCAACCCAUUUAACCUGCAGUGUGUGGACAUCCCCAUCCUGUCUAAGAAGGCCUGUGACGAGUCCUACCCUGGCCAGAUUACUGAUACCAUGGUGUGUGCCGGAUACCUGGAGGGAGGCAAGGACGCCUGUCAGGGUGACUCCGGCGGUCCCCUGGUAUGUAACGGAGAGCUGCAUGGCAUCGUGUCCUGGGGUGUUGGCUGUGCCCAGCCCAACUAUCCUGGUGUCUACACCAAGGUCUGUGCCCUGCUGCCCUGGAUCCACGAGAUCAUCACUAACUACUAGCCUGUACCCUUCACACCAGAGUAAAGAGAGAGAUAGAGAGAGAGGGAUAGAGAGCAAGAGAGAGAGAUAGAGAGAGAGAAGGCUGAUUAUAUUACAUGCUGGAAUACAAAGAAACAUCUAAUCAAUAAAAUGGCAUCUUUGACUUCA